ACCUGCCCCCCGCCACAAACAUUUAUGUCGCCGUUCCUCCCGACCGGGUCCGGUCAUGGUGGGAGGCGGUUUCAUGGCUUGUGGUAAUGCCGGCUUGGAAACCAACUGGAUCUAGAGAGCCUCGGUGUAAAGACUGCACCUGCGGCCCAAGAUUGCUUCCCGUUCCUGUUUACUUGAGGUCGUCCCCCAGCAACAUUACGACAUACGUUUGUUACCCACUCAAUUGAGUAUUGUCCGCCUUCAUCAGACGCCACCGCCAGUGAUUUUCCGACUGGAGUUGGACAACAUGACGGUCUCACACCAGUGCCUGAACGAGCCUAUUGCCAUCGUUGGCUCUGGAUGCAGAUUUCCGGGAAAUGCGAACUCACCAUCAAAGCUCUGGGACCUCCUCAGCAAGCCCUAUGAUGUUUCGUCCAGAAUUGGCGGCGCUGGCCGUUUUAACUUGGACCGGUUUUAUCACCCUGAAGGCGGACACAACGGGACCACCAACACACAACGAGGGUACCUGCUAAGCGAUAGUGUCCGCCAGUUCGACGCCAAAUUCUUCUCGAUUCCGCCUGGCGAGGCCGAAGCAAUCGAUCCUCAGCAACGCCUUUUGCUGGAGGUUGUGUAUGAAGCCGUCGAGUCGGCUGGGUUGACAAUGGACAAACUAUCAGACUCUGAUACAUCGUGCUAUGUCGGCAUUAUGUGCCAGGACUUCUUCACGGUGCAAUCGCAAGACGUCCUGUCCGUUCCCAAAUACGCCGUGACAGGCAUCGCGGCCAGCAACGCCUCCUGCCGCGUGUCAUACUUCUUCAACUGGCAUGGGCCGUCCAUGACGAUCGACACGGCCUGCUCGUCUAGCAUGGUCUGCGUGAGCGAGGCCGUGCAGGCCCUCCGGAGCGGUACCAGCCGCGUGGCCGUGGCGUGUGGCACUAACUUGCUUCUUGCGCCUUUCAUGUAUGUUUCGCUCAGCAAUGUCGGCAUGGUGUCACCGACAGGGCGCUGCCACAUGUGGGACGACAGAGCCGAUGGCUACUCCCGAGGAGAGGGAGUGGCCGCGCUCGUGCUCAAGACAUUGAGUGCCGCCAUCCAGGACGGAGACGAAAUCGCCUGCGUCAUUCGUGAGAUCGGCUUGAAUCACGACGGCAGAACCAAAGGGCUGACGAUGCCCAGUGCCCAGGCACAGGCCGCCCUCAUUCGAGAGACAUACCGCAAAGCUGGCUUGGAUCCCAGUCGCAAGUCUGACCGGUGCCAGUUCUUCGAGGCCCAUGGGACGGGUACGCCCACGGGAGACCCGCAGGAAGCAUCUGCUCUGAACCAAGCCUUCUUCCCAGAUCAUGACGCCGCCGAAGGUGAGUUGCUCGUCGGGUCCAUCAAGACCGUCAUCGGGCAUACCGAGGGCACGGCCGGCAUUGCCGGUAUUCUGAAGGCGACUCUGGCCAUUCGCCAUGGCACUGUCCCUCCCAAUCUUCUUUUCAAUAGACUCAAUCCCGCCCUUGAGCCUUUUACCAAGUUCCUCCGUAUUCCCACGGCAUGCGAACCCUGGCCAGAGGUGCCGGAGGGUCAGCCUCGAAGGGCCAGUGUCAACAGCUUUGGCUUCGGGGGGGCUAAUGCUCAUUGCAUCCUUGAGAGCUACGAGCCGGCAACGGCCAUCACGGCAAACCAUCCCCCCAUCCACGGUGCCAGGGCCAGUGGCCUACACAUCAAUGGGGUCAAACUAACCCAUUCCGUCAAUGGCUCCUCCUCCGAGACUCCCAAUAAUUCAGCAACUGAAAGCCACGGGCCCGUCACCAACGGCACCACCAAUGGGAGCUCUAGACCCCCCGAGCCAGAAGAGCCAUCCCAGCCUACGCAUCAACUGGAUGUUCUUAUUUCCAUGGUGUUCUCCGCAGCCUCCCUCAAAUCUCUCGUCGCCUCGCUCGACGCUAGUAUAGAUUUCCUGGAGCAGAACCCUACUGUUGACAUGCCCAGCCUAGCCUGCACACUCAGCAGUCGCCGGUCAGCACUCGCACUUCGCCUGCCCAUCUACGCGGGUUCGGUCGAGGAACUUCGUAAGAAAAGCCAGGAGAAGCUCAGUGGCGACACCAACGCUUCGCACUCGGUCGCGGCCUUACAGGCACCGCCGUCGGUGUUGGGUAUCUUUACCGGACAAGGCGCCCAGUGGGCAGGCAUGGGAUCCAAACUCUUCGCCUCCAACCCAAGAGCCCGCGCCACUCUAGAGCGUCUGGACUCGGUUCUUUCCAGCCUCCCAGCGUAUCAUCGUCCCACCUGGGCAUUGGCUGAGGUGCUUUCCCCCGACAGCAAGCACAGCGACGCCGAGGCAGCCAUUUCCCAGCCAGUCUGCACUGCAGUGCAAAUUGUUCUGAUAGAUCUUCUUCAAACCGCGGGUAUCAAGUUCAAAGCCGUCGUGGGGCAUUCUUCGGGCGAAAUCGCGGCCGCCUAUGCUACAGGGUACCUCUCGGCUGACGACGCCAUGCGCGUUGCAUACUACCGGGGCUUCUUUGCCAAGCUUGCUGGGGGCCCCCAGGGCCAGGAAGGAGGCAUGAUCGCCGCGGGGACCGACUUUGAGGAUGCCGAAGAGCUAAGUCGGGUUGACGACAUGAUCGAUCGACUGUGUAUAGCUGCACACAAUUCACCAACCAGUGUGACACUGUCGGGUGACAUUGAUGCGGUCAAGCUGGCAGAGGACGUGUUCGCCGAUGAGCACAAGUUCGCCAGAACACUGAGAGUUGACACAGCGUAUCAUUCGCCUCACAUGCAGCGAUGCGCAGGGCCGUAUCUGAGGGCGAUGCGGGAGGCUGGCGUCGAGCCACUAAGGCCCAGUCCCGAUUCCGAUUAUCCGAGAUGGUUUUCGACUGUCUACAAUGUCGAGAUGACAGCAGCGGUCGUCGCCGACAAGGGACUCAACGGACAAUAUUGGGUGGACAACAUGGUCCGACCGGUUCUCUUCUACCCUGCGCUUCGGACAUGUUUGAGCUCGUCCGAGAUCAGUCCUAACUUUGCCCUGGAAGUGGGGCCGCAUCCUGCUCUUCAAGGGCCGGCAGUGGAGAGCAUCCGGACAGUCACGGGUCAGGACAUUGCCUACUCGGGAAUCCUCCGACGAGGCAGCGACGACGUCGAAGCGUUGGCUGAUGCCCUUGGAGCCAUGUGGGCCCGCUUUGGCCCGAAACACGUUGACCUCGCCGGCUUCCAGAAGAAGUGUCUCCCUCAGGGCAAGACAAGGCUCGAUGCUCCCCUGGGAUCCAGGUUGCCCACAUACCCCUGGACCCAUGAACAUGAGUACUGGGCCGAGUCAAGGAAGAGUAAAAUCUACACCACGCAGUCUGGAAAGUUCCAUGACCAUGACCUCCUCGGCUUGCGGGAGCCGGACGGCCUGGUGGACGAGCUGCGUUGGCGGCACACGCUGAGCGUGAACGACCUCAAGUGGCUUUCCGGUCAUACGUUGCAGGGCCAGGUCGUCUUCCCAGCGACCGGAUACGUCUGUAUGGUUACCGAAGCGGCCAUGCAAAUGGUGCAGCCGAGUCGCCGGGAGGUGGCAUAUCUUGACGUGCUGGAUCUCGAGAUUCGCAAGGCCAUUGCUGUCCACCAAGACUUCAGGACCGAGGUGGUCUUGUCCGUGUCCAACAUCUCUCCCGCUACGCCGAACGCCACGGCCGAGACCGUCACGGCAGCCUUCAGCAUAUUGUCUACCCCGAGCCGGGACUCGACGCAGAUGGCGUUGCACUGCUGUGGAAGGCUGCGCGUUACUCUUCGACCCAAUCCCGAGAGUGGCAAUCCGACGGCCAGCGGCAUUGACCACGACUCCAUAUUUCCACCACGCCGCCCGCCCGUUCCGGGGAUGAACGGUGUUGAUGUCGACCGAUUCUACCAGACCAUGCGCGAUGAGGUUGGUUUGGGAUGGCACGGCGCGUUCAGGGGCUUGACCAAAAUCACGCGUAGGGCAGGCUACUCGACUGUCACGGCCAGGAAUCCUCCAUUUUCCGAUGCCGACACCAAGCUCCUCUUCCACCCAGCUAUGCUGGACUGUGCCUUGCAGGGCCUAAACGCAGCCUUUGCAGCCCCUGGCGACGGCAGUAUCUGGGAUCUUGUCGCCCCAACGUACGUCCGACGCGUCACGAUGGUGCCCGAGCUGCUAAGACGCCAUCAAGCCGACGAGCAAGUCGUCAUUGACUGCACCUCGACGGUCAGCAUUGCCGAUACUCGGGCCAAGGUUGCCUUGACCGGCGAUGUUGAAGUGUACGCUGGCUUGCCCGAGCCCGGGGGCACCGCAGAAACGAAGCUUAUCGAGAUGGAGGGCAUCAAGAUUUCGCCCGUUGCUCCUCCAACCGCCGACCACGACAGGGCGCUCUUCCAGGAGUCCAUCAUGUGCCUCGAUAGCAUCAACGCCAAGGUUGCUCGCCGAGGAUUGCGCUUUACGCCAGAGGAGAAAGCGAAGGCCUUUGACGCUGAGCGAGUGGCCUUCUACUAUCUCAAGCAGCUGCACCUCGGGACACCGCCAAAGUUUCGUGAGACCUUUCCUGGCUACCGGCAGUGUUUGCUAGCGGAAGCCGAGCGUGUGUACCACCGUGUCAAGGACGGUCAACAUGGGUUCGCGCCCCCGUCGUGGGUCGAAGACACGGCCGAGUCCAUUGCUGAGGUCAUGACGCGCCACGAUGCUGAGGCCAUCGACUUCGUCCUCGCCAAGACGGUCGGCGAGAACCUGAUGGUGCCCGAGGUCCUAAACGGCGAGGUCAACAUCCUGCAGUUCAUGGUGCGCAACAACAUGCUCGAGCGCACCUACACCGAGGGCGUGGGCUACCCGAUCCUCAACUCCGUGGCCACCAAUCUGAUUGCGCAACUCUGCCAGAAACAUCCGCGCAUGAACAUGCUCGAGAUUGGUGCAGGAACAGGUGGAUCGACAGCCUCCAUCCUGGGGCGUAUUGGAGGACAUUUCCGCUCUUACACUUACACCGACAUCAGCAGUGCCUUCUUCGAGCGCGCCGCCGAGCGUUUCUCUGCCAACGCCCAGAAGAUGGUUUUCAAGACGCUGGACAUCACCAAGGACCCGUCAGCCCAAGGCUUUGCAACACACAGCUACGAUGUUGUAAUCGCGCAGAACGUGUUGCACGCCACGGCGCCACUCAAAGAGUCCCUCCGACACGCCCGGACGCUCCUGCGCCCUGGCGGAUACCUGAUGUUGCUCGAGCUGCUCCGGAGUGAGUCGAUGCGCUUCGGCCUCGUGGUGGGAUGCCUGCCCGGGUGGUGGGUGGGUGAGAACGACGGCAGGAAAGGUGGCCCGCUGCUCACGCCAGCCGAAUGGCAGGCGAUCCUCAGCGAAACAGGGUUUGCAGUCGAUACCGUCUCGGAGGUACUCGAUCAAGAGGAUAUUUGGGCUGUGCUCUCGGCGCGUGCCGUGGAUGAGCAUGUGGUGCAACCCCUGAUCAAUCCCUUGGCCGUGAGACCUACAGUGCCACGUAUGAAGAGGCUGUUGGUGAUUGGCGGCAUCGACGUUGGGUCCGGGUCCUUUGGAUUGCGUGAGCAGGUGAUUGCUUUUGUGUUGCCGUACUUUGAGAAGGUGACCUACCUGGCUCAGCUUUCCAACCUAACCCAACAGACAGAAGACGAUCUGCUCGCCGACAAAGGUCUUCAUGUUCUGAACCUCACCGAGUAUGACUCCAACCUUUUCGAGCACAUCACCAAACCAGCAUUUGAGAACUUGAAGCGGGUAUUAGCCAGAGCGGCCAGUGUGCUAUGGUUGCUCCAGGGCAGCCGGGACACGAACCCCUGGGCCGGCGCCACCGUCGGCUUCCUCCGGACGGUCCGGUAUGAGCUACCGGACACGAUACUGCAGAUGCUAGACAUUGGCGCUACGGCCCUAAACAGCGACUCCUCGACACCCGAUACCUCCCGCCUGGUAGCUGAGUCCCUCCUCCGGCUCAGCGAGGCCGCCGAGCUGGAAGCAACAGGGAAGUUGUCUCAGGUUUUGUGGAGCGUGGAGCCGGAGCUUUAUCUCGAAAGUGACGGCCAUGUGUAUGUGCCCAGACUGCGGUGUUCGGAGGCACUCAAUCUGCGGUACAAUGCAGCCAAGCGUGCCAUCACGCGGCCCGUUGAGGUGAACAACACGGAAACGUCUCUCGCCUUGGUCUGGGACAAGACCGGCAGCAAGUAUGUCCUUGAAGAGCGGCAUGAAUUCGCGCCAACAUGGUCGGUCAGCGAUGGGGUGACUGUCCGGGUAUCCUGUUCCUUUCUCUCGUCGCUCAAGACGCCGGCGGGGUUUUUCUUUGUCUGUCUCGGGGCCGACAUCAGGACGGGGAUCAAGACGCUCUGCUUCUCGGAUCGCCAGGCAAGUCUGGUGACGGUUCCACGGUCUUGGACCGUUGCACUAGGCAGCGCUUCUCUCGGCGUCGACGACGUUGGACUCAUGUCAUUUGUCGCGGUUGACCUCCUCGCCAAGCGGCUCCUCCAGCUGGUUGGUCCAAGCGGAAGUAUUGCCGUCUAUGACGCGAACCCUGUUGCAGGGGCCUUGCUGUACAAACGCCUUACAGACGUUGGCAAGAAAGUCGUCUUCAUCAACUCCGACUUCAAGGCCAGUCACGGGUCCCUGUCAACCAUCUCGCUCCACCCGCACAGCCCUCGACGGACGAUCGACGCCGCCCUGCCUGAAGAUCUGACCCUUUUCAUUGAUGCCUCCAUCACGAUAGACUCGGCCGAAUCAGCAAAGCUGGGCUCGCGGCUCGAGGCCGCAUUGCCAGAUCUCUGCGAGAGGAUCAAACUUUCGAAUAUGAUGAGUCGUGAAGCCUCACCAUUACCCACGACAGCACCGGAGAGCGUUUCGACGCUUCUUCAAAGCGCCGCAUCCUUCGCGACCAUGUUCUCGCAGCUUGGGCCGAUGCCCAUUGCAGGCGGAGCGCCUCUCGACGUCUUGCCGCUCCCGAAGCUCCUUCUCAGCCCAGUGACUCCACGCCCCAGCUCGCUGGUUUACUGGCAGAUUGACCGCGAAGUUCCCGUGGCGGUGCAGCCAGUGUUUAUGCGCAAGGACUUGUUCCGACCCGACAGAACCUAUUGGCUCUGUGGCUUGUCGGGAACGUUGGGCUUGUCCCUGGUUGACUUCCUUGCCGCUCAGGGAGCCAAGCACAUCGCCAUCAGCAGCCGCUCGCCCAAGGUCGACGUCGCGUGGGUGGCAUGGCACGGAAAACGGGGGGUGGCGGUGUCGCAUUUCGCGGGCGACGUGACUGAUUACGCAUCCAUUCGCGGCACAUAUGACGCAAUUCGAGCAUCAGGCAUGCCUCCGAUUGGAGGUGUUGCCAUUGGCGCCAUGGUGCUGAUCGACAGCAGCUUCAUGGAGCAGCGAUUCGAAGACUUCCAGGCGGUGCUGCGUCCCAAGAUCCGGGGGACACAGAACCUGGACACGCUUUUCUCCGAAAGCUCGGGGGAUCUGCUGCCUGGUGACACGGCCAAAGGGCUGGAAUGGUUUGUGGCCUUCAGCUCCCUGAUGGCUGUCACAGGCAACCCGGGCCAAGCACCGUACGGCGCCGGCAACUGCUUUCUGAAGGCUGUCACAAAGACUCGGCAUGACCGUGGAUUGGCCGGUUCGAGCAUCGACAUCGGCCGCGUGUCGGGCGUGGGCUAUAUCGAGCGGGAGCUCACGCGCGAGUCCCAGGAGCGACUCAAGCAGCGGUCCGGGACUAUUCCCCUCAGCGAGUCGGAUUUGCACCAGCUCUUUGCUGAGGCUGUGAUUGCGGGUCGACCUGGAUCAGGCGUUGAGGAUCCCGGUCUGAUCGCGGGCAUUGGAAUGCAACUCGGCGAACAAACUGAAGGGGCGUUCUGGAGCAAAAAUCCGCGGCUCGCCAUGAUGAUCCGCGACAGCAAACCGCGUGCCACCCGGGGCGCCCGGGAGGGGGGCUCCUCUGCGGUGCCGGUGCGGACACUGCUUGAAGUGCCAACUGUCAAGACGCUCGCAGAUGCACGCGAUGUCAUUCUAGGAGCCCUCCGCGGCAAGCUUCAUGCUGCUAAAUUCCUCCCCGACCAGGACAGUCAACACAACAGCACACCCCUGGUGGACCUUGGGGUCGACAGCCUGAUUGCUGUCAAUGUGCGGUCGUGGUUCCAGAAGGAACUGGCGGUUGACGUCCCUAUCUUGUCGACUCAAUCAUCGAACGAGUAG